GGCCACACUCAACUUUUCAAGCAGCUUCCAUGUCUCUCUAGGGCAAAAGUCAGAUUGUUUGCAUUGUUUUCCUGUUUUGUUUUUUUUUUAAUUGAAACCAUUGUUGCCUAUCAAUUGCCGUGGUUACAGUCACUAGAUGGUGCUAAAGGAGAAUCCGUUGGGACAGAUAGCUGGUGUUUAUUUGUAAUUUGCUGAACCGUUGUCAUGGUAAACAAACAUUUCCCUUGCCAGAUUGCAAUCAGUUUCUCUUCUGAGUUUUUUUUUUGUCAGAUCAUGGAAACGAAAGUAACCGGUAAAGUGUUUAUAUGCAGAUUUGUCGAGUUACGUCAUUUAAAAACACAUUUCCUGGGAUAUUGACUGAGAUUAAUUCCGAGUUUGUUGUACCAAAAAGUUGAUAACCUGUGUUAGAACUAAUUAAAUGUCCUUGGAUAUUUAAUCAACAUUGUAGCUCCUCCUGGGUGUUAUCAGAAGAAUAAAUCCAUCCCACACAGCGAGAGAUCAGGUGAUCUGAUAAUCCCCUCCUGAGCUCCACAUGCAGGACAGACGCUCAGCUCAGCAGCCUUCCUGAGCAGAAGAGGCUUUCAACCAGGUUAAACUUUUACAAUGGAGAAACUGAGGUCUAGUUCACCCGCUCUCUGUCUGGAUCUGAACCACUCUGAACCGCCUGGAGCUGGUAAGAGCAGCUGCGUCAUAACAAGUCCCCACUCACUGGAGUCCAGGACUCAGCCAGGUAUUAAACCGGUUCAGCUGCUAAUUAGGUCUCUGAACGAGCUGAUUGCAGGGCAGCAGGCUGCGCCUCAUGAGGCCAUGAGGACUCUGCAUGAAUCCUACGAGAAGGAACGAUCGAAGCUUUUCCCUGUGCCUGUGUGCAGCAAGGAGCAGGAGAGAAUUAUUCAAGCCGAAAGGAGCAGAUGGCCGAGAAGUAAUGCAGCCUCGAGCUCUGCAGUUGUAAAGAAGAGAGACCCCGAGAGAAGCACAAUCAGCAGCUUCAGCCUGGGAGAUCUGAGAUACUCUCCGUCUGCUGAGAGGAAACUGCAGAAGAUCACCUCAGAAAUCAAGAGGAAGACAUGCAUCACCGUGCCAGAGAGGGAUCGCAAGAUAGCAGCUCUGAUGCUGGUCAAGCAUCAGAAGGAGCAGGAGCGCCUGAAGCUCUGUCUGCAGGAGGAACAGGAACGGCAGGAGGCCCGCAGGAAGGAGGAGGCCAGGCAGGCCCAAGCAGAAAAAGAACGAAGGAGGAGGCUUAAGCAGAGGAUGAAACACUGGCACACGGAGCUGGAGGCCCGCAGGCGGCUGAGGCUGCGGCUGGAGCAGGAGAAAGCAGCACAGCUCCAGCAGGAGAUGCUGCUCCAGGAAAACCGAUGGAGAAAGCUGAAGGAAGUGGUUGAGGUACAACGCAGAGAGAAGCUGGAGGCUGCUCUGAAACAGACAGAGGAGCGUAAAAAAUACCAAGAGAGACUGCUUAGGGAGAAGAUGGAGCUGGAGAAAAGGGAACUUGAGAAGGAGAAGCAGGCGGCAGAAGUGAAGAAGGAGAAGGCCUGGAGGACCAGAGAGCUGCAGGAGAAGAGGGAGCGGAAACGGCUGCAGGAGGAGAAUCACAGAGAGAUGCUGCGUCACAUCCUGCUUAAGAGGCAAGAGGAGCAGAAGAUGGCGGAAGAUGAAGAGCAGAAGAGGAACUUGCUGGAGAAGAAGCUGCAGCGUUCCUCCGAGAAACGAGCCAGAGCUGCGGAGGCACAGCACAGGCGGCUGCGGGAGCGUGCUGCCCAGCAGGACGUCCAGGUCCAAAGAGCACAGCUGAGGGCCAAGCUGCAGAGGGUCCAGGAGCUCACGCACAAGCAGAUCCUGGUCCAGCAGAGCCAGCGUCGCAUGGAGAGAGCCGCCAAGAACGCCUCGGCGCUGCGCAGGAGCCGCUCUCAGCAGAGACGAGACCAGAGCAGACACAGACAGGUCUGCCACCAGCAGCUGAGUGAGAAGAUCCAGAGAGAGGCGGAGGCCAGCAGGAGACUCAGAGAGAACUACGUCUGCGUGAAAGAGGGGAAGAGAGAGAGGCUGCAAAAACUGAAGGAGCAGAUUCAGGAGGAGGCGCGGAGGCUGGUGCAGGCCUCCUUUCACUUGAGGGACAGGGUCAGGCAGCAGACACACAACCAGACCUUCCACCAGAUGGCCCUGGACGCUCAGCUGACUGCCUCCAUGAGCAGAAUAAAACUCUAAAACAAC